AUGAAGCGCACCACUUUUCUUCAAGCAGUGUUCGCUACAGCUGGCCAAUCUGCUGCAACCUCAGGAUGUCGAGAAUCGCUACCUGCAUCAAUAGAGCGCGGAGGUGUCCAUAGUACCAACUCGCUAAAAUUCGUCACCUCCAAUGGAACUGUUCGCGAAUACGGUCUACACGUACCGACAUCAUAUGACAAUGACACUCCCACACCACUUGCUUUUUCAUUCCAUGGCCGAUUGCAGACUUGGCAGCAGCAGGAAGACACAUCUGGAAUGUCCAACGAAACCAUGAAUCCAAACUAUCUAGUCGUCUACCCGCAAGGCAUCAAUGAGCAAUGGCAAGGCGACCCAGAUGCUAUUGGCUACGACGAUGUCGGCUUCACUCUUGAACUCCUGGCCAAUCUCUCUAGUACCUACUGUUUGGACACGAACAAGAUCUACGCAGCAGGCAAAUCAAAUGGCGGUGCAUUCGCUGUAAAUACUCUGGCUUGCCAUCCUAAAGCUUCAACUAUCUUCGCUGCCUACGGAGGUAUGUCAGGGGCAUACUACCAGGGUGACAGCGAAGACGACUGCCAUGCCGAGACAGUGCCCAUAGCCUGCAACUCAAGCCGAUCUCCCAUCCCGAUUUUCACAACCCACGGCGAUUCUGAUGAUACCAUCCCCUACUAUGGUGGACCUCGCCGCGACCGCUGUCUCCCGAGUCUACCUCACUAUAUGACCGCGUGGUCUGAAAGCAAUGGAUUUGGUGCAUCGAACACAUCCACCUCGCUCUACCACAAAGACGUGGUUCGAUAUGACUACGGGAACAGCACCUACCCAAGCAUUCACACACACUAUCGCAUACAUGAUCUCGGACAUUAUUGGCCGUCGCUCGACAGUGGAAGUCCAUUUGAUGCGACUCCCAUUCUUCUUGAGUUUUGGAAUAAAUGGACGUUGGAUGCUGUGAGCACUACUUCUUCAGCCACCAGCACUUCGUCGUCGUCAGCAUCGAGCGCUUUAUCUACUAGUUCGGCAUCGGCCUCGACCUCCAAGUCUAUUGCAUCUGAUUGGAAAGUCAGUCAACAGCAGUGGUUUCUGGGAGGCCUGGGAUUUUUCAGCUGGUUGUUUCUCAUCUAG